UGGAUGGCGCCAGCUCGAACUGUCUCUCAAAUGAUCUCAAAUCAUCUCUCAAAAUAAUUCAGCGUCGAUGGAGCGAUUGGAGUCAGGAAAGCAGCGAUGACAAUCGCAUGGAACAUUCUCGUGGGUAUAAUGAGUACAUGGAAAUUAAUCCAGAGACGGUGUUAUGAUUUAUUGUCCCACAAGUAUUCAUUGUUGAUAAUCCUGGUGGCGUUCACCUGCAUCUUCGUGGGAAUUAUACAUUUUGGGGAGGUGUGGCUGGCAUGGAGCAAAGAGAAAUACGAAGCAGUUUUCCACUCGUUCAAUGAUAACAUCCUGGGGAAGUCAUUUCAAAGAAAACUCUGUCAACACGUUCCCAUCGAUGUUGUCUACACGUGGGUUAAUGGAUCAGACCCAAAAUUCAUCGAUAACCUGAAGAAAUACGUACCUGUGAGUAACGUAAACAGUGCAGCUUCGAGAUUCAAUGACAAGGACGAGUUGAGAUAUUCCCUGAGGUCAUUGGAGAUGUACGCACCCUGGGUGAGGCACGUCUACAUUGUGACAAAUGGUCAGAUUCCCAAUUGGCUGGACAUGGAUAAUCCCAGGAUGACCUUGGUAACUCAUAACGACAUUUUCCCCAACAAAAGCCACUUACCCACAUUCUCAAGUCCAGCUAUCGAGAGCCACAUUCAUAAAAUCCCAGGGCUAUCCGACAAAUUCCUGUACUUUAAUGACGACGUUCUCCUUGGAAGUGAAGUCUGGCCAGAGGAUUUUGUGACGCAGACCAGCGGUCAGAAGGUCUAUCUCGCUUGGUGGGUGCCUGAUUGCUCUGACAUCUGUCCCUGGUCGUGGGUUGGUGAUGGCUCUUGCGAUUUGGCUUGCAACACAACAAGUUGUGAGCUGGACGGAGGAGAUUGCAACUCAACUCCAAGUCCAACAGAGAGUGCUGGCCUCGAAGAAGAUGGGGAUUACCCCUAUAAAUUGCUACAGAGCAAUCAGUACGAGCACAAAGAGACUCUGAGAUUGCUGGAGCUGUUGAAGACUCGUAGAAAUUAUGAAUUCUCCAAUCCGCUGACUUCUAGUGUAUCACCAGGUAUUUUAAACGUCUCUUUGUCUUUAUCUUUGAAUAGAAAUCAAAGUCAGAAUGAAAAAUUGGAGAGCAUUUUGCCAGAGAAUGACAAAAAUGCCACACGAUUGGAGUUAACGACUGAGGGUCGAGCAUUUAAAUACGAAUUCGCCCACCCAAUGAACAAAAAAACAAUCCAGAAUAAAAACGAUGAUAUAAUUAAUCUGGUGCACGUCAAUGGGAAUCAGAACCAGAAAUUGAGGCCGAGUCAUUUGAAGAGAAAGGCUAGACGGCUGGAUACUUAUGCUGAAUCUUUGCUGUACGUAAAUCGAAUUUAUAAUGCAGCUUAUGGGUUUGAAAGACGUCGAGUGCCAGCUCACAUGCCCCAUCUCGUCGAUAAACUCAUCGUCGACGAAAUGCACUUAAAAUUCCAAAAUGAAUUCGAGAAGACGUCGUCACAUUCCAUCAGAGACCCAGAGGACAUGCAAUUUGCAUUCUCCUAUUUUUAUUACUUAAUAAGUGAGAAGACAUUGGUCUCGACUGGACAAUUAUUCGAUAAAUUCGAUACCGACAAGUCUGGCACAUGGUCGGAUCGCGAGAUAAGAACACUUUUAUCAAGAAUGCAUCCUCUGCCCCUGGACUACAGUUUCGUUCUCCAAUUCGAGAAUUCGAUAAAGAAUUGCUCGGAAAAAAUGAAAUUAGAAUCUCCACCAGAGGUGCCACCAGGGGAACGAUAUCUCGACUCGAGUCUACCGAUAGUGACGAGAGAAUUGAUAAUUAGAUGUGAAAUAAUUGCUGGAAAUCUUCGUAAUCAGUUUGGGGUGAGAAAACGAUAUCAACACGAGAUCUUGAAGGCUGGGAAAAAUGAAAUUUUCGAGAUGUUGACUAGUAAUGUAUCGCUGACAGUUCAAAUUCUCGACGAAAUAAGACAGGAGCCAAAAAAGUUCAUCUGUCUGAAUGACGAUUUGGAUCCCUCGAGGAAUAGUGAGAAUGACGUGGUGCGUGCACUCCUCAGCGAUUUUUAUCGCUCGAUUUAUCCUCUGAAGAGCAGUUUUGAAUUACCAUCGCAGUACAGAAACAGAUUCUCCCAUCGGAAUGAUUUGUACGAGUGGAGGGCCAGUCGCACAAGAGCUAGGAAUAUUCUACUGUCGUUAGUCUGUGUUCUAAUUUUUAUUACAAUUUAUCAUUUUUUUCACCAUCAAAUACGGCGAUUUUUUCGGAACCGGUCGAUUCCUAGUCUGAUUGUCUGAAAAAGAGAAUCUCCAUUCUCGUUUCUCUCAUUUCCAAUUUCUGUGAUACAAUCACAGAAAUUUCAAUUUUAACAACAAUAAGAAUUUGCUCAAAAUCAUUGGAAUAAGAAAAACUCUAGUCGAGCCGAAAAAGAUCUAUCUUUUUUCUUUUAUUUUACAUUAAGGAAAUACUUUUGAUUGCUAGUCUUUUGUGCUGAAUCUGUAAAUAUAUCUACAUAUUUUUCUUGAAAUACAAGGUUUUUCAAUUAUG